AUGGAGGUACAAAACCAAACUGAGUUUUCAGAAUUCAUCAUCCUUGGCUUUAAAAAUCUGCAGGAGAUACACUUCUUGCUCUUCAGUGGAUUCUUGAUCAUCUAUUUAUUCACCAUGCUGAGGAAUACCUUCAUUAUCAUCAUGGCAGUGGUGGACCAAAGGCUUAGAACUCCCAUGUAUUUCUUCCUGGGGAACCUCUCAUUUCUUGACAUCUGCUACACCACCACCACCAUCCCCCAGACGUUGGAUCUCCUUUUGACAGAGAGAAGCAGCAUCUCUUACAUGAGCUGUGUGUUCCAACUGUAUUUUUUCUUUUCCUUUGUGGGCAUUGAAUGUCUUCUUCUGGCAGUAAUGGCUUUUGAUCGCUACGUUGCCAUCUGUAACCCUCUGCGCUAUUCACUGAUUAUCAAAAGGAAUGUUUGCCUCCAGCUGGGUGCAGCUUGCUGGGCUGGUGGUUUCAUCAACUCCACCAUACACACAUAUUUUGCCUUUCAGUUACCUUUUUGUGGAGACAACCGCCUAGAUGCUUUCUACUGUGACACUGCACCAUUGUUGAAGCUGUCUUGUGGGAACAUUUCCCUCAACCAAAGGCUCUUGUUGACCAUUGGCUUAUUCAUAGCUUGGUCUGCACCCCUGUGCGUACUUCUCUCGGAAUUAUGUGUCCUAUCAACAGCAAUACCACUGUCUUCUACAGAAGGGAGACAAAAAGCUUUCUCCACUUGCUCCUCUUAUCUCACUGUGGUCCUUCUCUAUUAUGGCAGUUGCAUUUUCACCUACUUGAGGCCUGUCCCCUCCCAGUCAUCAGUGAAUGCAAAGCUGAUCCCACUGAUGUACAGCAUCUUGACUCCACUGUUGAAUCCUAUUAUAUAUACCUUGCGCAACAAGGAUGUGAAGAAAGCUUGGCUAAGCAUAAUGGGGAAGAUUUGA